AUGACAGCGCCAGCGGAUGGUGCAGAUCGUGGCCUCGUUGUUAUAACAGGCGCCAAUGGAAUCAUAGGCUACGCAUGCGUUGUUUACGCAGUCCAGGUUGGUUAUCGAGUUCGCUGCGUGGUACGUCGCUCGUCCGCCAUUGAGACAAUCAAAUCCGCGCCCUCGGUGCAGUCAUACCUCCACUGUAUCGACUACACCAUUGUCCCAGAUAAUACCAUCGAAGGCGCAUAUGAUGAGGCCCUUGAAGAUGCACAGUAUGUCGUGCAUAUAGCGGGAGCUUGGCCGAUGCCCCACCUACACCCAGACAACGAUAUCUACUACCCCUUCAUCGAAUCGACGAAGAACUUGGUAAAAGCCGCGGAAAAAGCAGGGACAAUAAAGAGAGUAGUCUUCACUCAGGCCGGCGCAGGGCUGGUAGACUCCGAAGAUGGUGAUACGUUGGAGCAAGUUGAAGUUUCAAAGACCUCCUUGGAGUAUAAGCCGCCGUUGAAAUCCCCUCACAACGCUUACACCGCGGCAAAAGCACAGUGCAUGGACUACCUGGCGCACACUCAGGUUACCGGACAACUCGGUUUCUCCAUCGUGCAAAUCAUCCCCGGUACUGUCAUUGGGCCUUCGGAAUUUUGCGAUACGGCCGAAGAAGCUCUUGCGCACAUGGACCGGCAGACCAAAGCGCUCUUGUUCGAUGACGUGCCACCACGGUAUGCAUUUGGAUUCGUGCAUGUUCAGGACUGCGCAAAGAUUCACAUCGAGGCUUUGGACGAGGAGAAAGUGAAGAGCGAGGAUCUGCCGAAGUGGUUCGUUGCCGCUGGGACAGUGGAAGAAGGUAUUGAUGCAACACAGUUGUGGAAUGCGGCGGCGGAUAUGAUUGAAAAAGAAUUCGGCGAUGAAGUGAACACAGGUUUGUUCAAAGUUGGUCGGACCAAAGUGCCUAUCAACGCCCCCUUCAGAGCCGAUUCGCAGUUGACUGAAGAAUUGUUGCUUGGCGGAGGAAGGAUCAGGGGUCUGGAGGAAAGCGUGCGUGAGGUUGCGCGCUGGUAUGUUGGCUUGAAAGGGAAUGAGAUUUGA